CGCAUCGAAUGGCAAUAUUUUCGAUGGAUACCCACCCUUAUCUUUAAUUAACACAAAGAGCCUACUUAAAAAAAAUUAAAAAAUAAACAAAAAUUGUUAUGGAUACGCCAAAAAUUUUAGUAUAAAUAGCAGGAAUUUCUGCGAACAAAUUCAUUUUACUCUGAACAUCCAGACGAUGAACACCUCUCAAGAAUGAAGAACUAGCAAUAAGUUCAGUGACGUCGGAGGCUUCGGUCCUUCGGAAACCUGCCUUUUUUACGAUCUGGAGAUAAGAGAAUCCGUGUUAUAAGUGAAUAGGAACUCCAAAGACAUCAGUGCGAAAAUAAAUAUUACCAGCUGCGGGAUUCCAGUUUAUCGAAGGUGUUUGUGAAAUGGAAAAUGCGAAUAUGACACGAGCGAGAGUGAGACAGAACUGUCCAAAUGUCAAUUGUUGAACUCUGUUCAGCAGUCCGUCAAAUGUAUCAAGUUCAAAGUUAAACUGAAUUGUCGUGAAACAUGGACGACGAGUAUUAUGAUUCGUCCAAUGAGGAAAAGGACAUCAAACCCAUUAUUUCAUCACCUACGUCGUAUUCGGAACCGUUAAGCCUACAUCAGGAAUUGGAAAGGGGUCCCAAAAAGUGGUCGCCAAGUUCCCUACAAGAUUCCAACAGAAAAAGCGCGUUCCAACCCUAUAAACAGAGCUACACAUUCAACACAGUCCUCACAAACCUUCAAAGAGGCAAUACUCAAGCAGAAACUCCUCUGCCACAACCCACAGAGGUGAAUUUGUACACCAGGGCAGGCCAGGGUGAAAUCACAGAAGAGGACCUUAAAUUAGAGGAUAUCGACAAGUGUGAUAGCAAUGGAUUGACAUUACUCCAUUGGGCUUGUGCAUAUGGUCAAUUUAAUACUGUUGAGUUGCUGUUGCAUCAUGACACUGAAGUUAAUAAAUUGGGACCAGAUGAAGAGACCCCCUUGAUCUUGGCAGCCAAUGGAGGCCAUCAUGAAGUUGUAAGGCUAUUACUAAGAUAUGGAGCAGAUGUGAACCAUGUUGAUCAUCUAUGUAAUACAGCUUUAAUGUAUGCGGCUCGUGGAAAUCAUCCUCAUACAUGUCAAGAAUUAUUAUUACAUGGUGCAGAUUUUGCAGUAGUUAACUUCAAUGAUGAUACAGCACAUGUUAUUGCCAUUGAAAAUAACAGUAAUUUAGCCCAAGCUGUGAUUGAAAAUUUCAUUAUAACGAGAUUAGAAAUUGGUAUUUGAAGAUGCUGUGAAAAAUUUGAGACUGAAAAGAACCCAAGAAAACAUGAUUCGAAAUUAUCACCUGAUGGCAAAGAGAUGAAGUUUAAGGAUACAAAAUUUGAUAAGUAAUGUACUCUCACGAUAUUUUCAAUUGGUGAAAUAUUUUUACAAUUAGUGACACAAUUUUUAAAUUUUUAGUAGUAUAUACUACAAAAUUAUUUGUAAGUUAUAAUUUGAAUUCCAAUGCUGAUUAUUUUCUGAAUAAUGGAAACUGUGUAUUCCUUAUUGACAGUCAUUAAAUCAUUCCAUAAUGUGAGGUUGUUGAUAAUGCUUUACUGAGGUCACUAAGUAACACUAUUCUGCAGUGCGGUUUGCAGCAUACUUAUAAAUAGGGAUUGUGGCAAAAAAAGUUGACACAGAAUGCUAAUUAAUGUAUCAAAGGACAACCACUAAUUUAUUUGUGAAAUCUUUUUGAUACAUGAAUAAUUAGUUUGUCUGCUUUUUUUAUUACUGACAUGUUUAUCAGUUUGCUGCGAAUCAAGCUGCAAGAAAAGUGUUAUUUACUGAUCGAAGAAAAUUAUUAUCAACUAGUUCACAUUAUGGAAUUGAGGUAAUGAACAAUUGUACAAAGCUAUUCCAUAAAAUUUGUUGUCCAAAGAAUUCAUAAAUUCCAAAUUGACAGUGUCAUUUACAUCAUUCCAUAAGGUGAGGUAGUUGGUAAGACUUUACUGAGGUCACUAAGUAGCACUAUUCUGCAGUGCGGUUUGCAGCAUACUUAUAAAUAGGGAUUGUGGCAAAAAAUUGACACAGAAUGCUGGUUCAUGUAUCAAAGGACAAUCACUAAUUUAUUUGUGAAAUCUUUUUGAUACAUGAAUAAUUAGUUUGUCUGCUUUUUUUAUUACUGACAUGUUUAUCAGUUUGCUGCGAAUCAAGCUGCAAGAAAAGUGUUAUUUACUGGCUGAAGAAAAUUCUUUUCAUCCACUUCACUAUGUGGAAUUGAGAAAAUGAACAAUUGUAGAAAGUUAUUCCAUAGUUUGUAUUACAGGUCAAAAAAAUUUUUUUUAAAUUUCACGUUGUCUAGUUUUUUAAUCAAUGGAAUUUGUGAAUUUUUCAAAUUAAGUAAAUGUAACCUGUCAUAAAUAUAGUUUCCAUUAUUACACUUAAAAUAUUUAUUAAGCAACAUGCUAAAAAUCAGCAAUUUAAUUAAAACACAAGGAAAAUAGUUAUUACAAUUAGAUUGGUAGCUGGCAUAUAUUUACUGUAGUAAGGGAACAAUAUUUGAUUAUAACGAGAAUAUCAGGGAACUAAUAAAAUUUGUAGUGGGAUAGGGAAUUACUGAUAUGAAUAAUUGCUCAUAUCGUACAAAACUUCGAAACAUGAGCGAAAGGAAGGUCAAUGAAUGAUUAAUGUAAUAGAAAAUAUUUCCUAGCUCCAUUCUUGACCGCACGGGAUCUAAAACUUUCUCAGUAUGCUCAAAUAGUUCUGCUUUGUCAUCUAAGAUGUGGUUAAUUAUUCCAUCAGUAACUUCCUCUCGCACUACAAUUUUAUUACUUCUUCUGAAAUUCUCAUUGUGAUCACUUAUCCGAUGUCUUGCUAUAGAAAAUGCAUGUCAACUAUCGAGUCUAAUUGGAUUUACAAAUAUCCUAAAUCAAUUUUUGUUAAAUUUUAAAAUGGUCACAAUACAAAAAUUGUAAAAAUAUCACGGGAGUACAAAACAAUAUAUGUUGUUGAAAUAUUUUAUGUAAGAAUUACAAUAAAUAUAAAUUAUGUAUUAUA